GCAAAUUACACGUUCAGCUGCGUAGUGUUGUUUCUUCCUUUCUUUUCCCCCUUCGCCGACCCCGACCACUUCGCGCAUGCCCGACUAGCUCCUCGACGCACGAUCAAUCCCAUCCCAUGCUCCCCGCCGUGCUGUCCCUCCUCGUGCUCCUGCUGCUCUCGGCCGGCGGGCGAGGCCAGCAGGGCGGUGGCGAUGGCGCCGUCGCGCUGCCGCCGGCGACCGCCUCCCCGGAGGAGGUGUUCGCCAGGAUCAACACAGUCAGCCGCGACCUCACCGACGAGGUGCAGAGCAAGUACGGCUUCUGCAUGACCAACGUGAGGCAUGAGUUCAACCAGACGUUCAACUUCACCGCCGACCCGGCCUUCAUCUCGGACUGCGAUGAGCAGACCACAGGGCAAAUGGUUAGAAUGCUGUGCAACAAAAAGGAAACAGAGUUAUACCUUAGCAGCCUAGGUAGCAAGCGCAUUGCAAGGAUUAGUAGGAACUGCAACCAGAACUCAUGGCCAUCUGGGUGCCAACCUGGCUGGGCUUGCUCGACACUGGAUGACAAUUCAUUUGAAGGAUCGAUUCCGUCCAGAGCAGAGAAUUGCAGACCAUGCUGUCCAGGUUUCUUCUGCCCUCGUGGCCUGACCUGCAUGUUGCCUUGUCCCUUGGGUGCUUAUUGUCCUAUUGGGACAUUGAACGAAACUACUAAUCUUUGUGAUCCGUAUUCUUACCAAAUAACUCCAGGAGUUAACCAUACAUGUGGCAGUGCAGAUUCUUGGGCGGAUGUGCUUACUACUAAUGAUGUCUUCUGCCCUCCAGGGCACCACUGCCCAACCACUACCCAGAAAUUUAAUUGUAGCAAGGGAUCCUAUUGCCGGAAAGGUUCCACUGAUGAAAAUAAGUGUAUUUGGAGAAGCCGGUGCAAGGGUAAUUCAACAAAAGAAGAUAUCGCUGUAUUUGGUGGUACAUUAAUUGUUGUCUUAAGUGUUGCUUUAGUACUGGUGUACAACUGCUAUGAUCAAUUCAUUGCAAUUCGAGCUAAAAUGUCAUUCAACUCUCGUAAAAAGGCUGCACAAAUUGCACAAGAAUCAGCAACAGCACGUCAAAGAUGGAAAUCUGCAAAAGAAGUUGUACUAAGGCAUGAGCUGGGAAUGUUUGAGCCUUAUGAUACACCUGGUCAAUUAGCUACAUCAUCUGAUGAGAUACUGCAUGCUACGGAAGGUAAUGCUCAGAGAUCAAAAAAUCGCAAAAAGCUUAAUGUCCGCACUGAAAGGUUCAGGCGUGCAUAUAGUCAGAUUGAUAAGGAACAAGCUCUCCAGCUAGAUAAAGACAAAUUAACACUCUCUGGAAUAGUGUCUCUAGCUGCUGAAAAUAGACCACAGAGGCCAAUGUUUGAGGUGGCUUUCAAAGGUCUGACACUAUCCAUCAGAAAAAAGAAACUUCUGCAAUCUGUUACAGGAAAACUUUCACCAGGUAGGUUAACAGCUAUCAUGGGUCCUUCUGGAGCAGGAAAGACUACGUUUCUGAAUGCUGUACUAGGUAAGACAUCAGGAUAUAAGAAGGAUGGGUUAGUCCUUAUAAAUGGAAAAUCUGGAUCGAUGCAGUCAUAUAAGAAGAUAAUUGGUUUUGUGCCCCAAGAUGAUAUUGUCCAUGGGAACCUGACGGUUGAGGAAAAUCUGUGGUUUAGUGGAUGCUGCAGAUUAAGCAAAGGCAUGUCAAAAGCUGAUAAGGUUCUAGUUCUUGAACGAGUUAUAGGGUCACUAGGUCUCCAAGAAAUCAGAAAUUCUCUUGUUGGGACAGUGGAGAAGCGGGGUAUUUCUGGUGGACAAAGGAAGCGCGUAAAUGUUGGGAUUGAAAUGGUUAUGGAACCAUCUCUUCUGAUAUUAGACGAGCCAACAACAGGCUUAGACAGUGCCUCCUCUCAGCAACUUUUAAGAGCUCUUCGUCAUGAAGCAUCCCAAGGCGUUAACGUGUGUGCAGUGAUUCACCAACCAAGCUAUACAUUGUUCGACAUGUUUGAUGACUUUGUUCUUUUGGCGAGAGGUGGCCUUAUUGCUUACCAUGGGCCUAUACGUGAAGUUGAAAAUUACUUCUCAGGCCUGGGGAUUAAGGUUCCUGACCGUGAGAAUCCUCCAGACUAUUAUAUUGACAUCUUAGAGGGAAUAGUAAAGACAAAAAUGAGGGGACAUGUAACUCCUAAAGAUCUGCCGCUUCUUUGGAUUCUACAUAAUGGAUAUGAAGUUCCAGAAGAUAUGCGCAAGAAUUUUGAAGAGAUCAAUAUGAUUCAUGAGUUAUAUAAUGUCGGAUCCAUUUCUAGAGAACUAUCUUCUGUAGAACAGUCAGAGAGUACAGAUUCUGUGCAACAAAAUAUGAGACAAGCAAACUUGCUGGAUAGGAAAACACCCGGUGCACUUGCACAAUACAAGUACUAUUUAGGAAGGGUAGCUAAGCAACGUCUACGUGAAGCUACACAACAGGCUGUUGAUUACAUAAUACUGUGUAUUGCUGGCAUAUGCAUUGGAACCAUCACAAAAGUUAAUGAUGAUACACUCGGUGUAGCUUCUUAUGGGUAUACCAUAAUUGCAGUUUCAUUGUUGUGCCAGCUUGCAGCACUGAGAUCAUUCUCACCAGAAAGAUUGCAAUAUUGGAGGGAGAGAGAAUCUGGCAUGAGCUCCGUCGCUUACUUCCUUGCAAGAGAUACAAUUGAUCAUUUCAACACAGUGGUCAAACCAAUUGUCUUCCUCUCGACAUUUUACUUCUUCAACAAUCCACGGUCCACACUUCGAGACAAUUAUUUAGUCUUGUUUGCAUUGGUUUACUGUGUAACUGGCAUAGGUUAUACUCUUGCAAUUUGGUUUGAGCUAGGAUUAGCUCAGUUGUGUUCUGCGUUACUACCUGUGGUACUGGUCCUGGUGGGUACUGACCCAAAAUUUCCACAAUUUAUUAAAGAAUUGUGCUAUCCCAAGUGGACAUUAGAAGCUUUCAUUAUUGCAGGAGCAAAAAAUUAUUCUGGUGUAUGGCUGAUUACUCGAUGUGGAGCACUGCUAAAAGGCAAUUAUGAUAUCAAUUUCUUUGCUCUAUGCAUCGGCAUCAUGAUGCUUAAUGGUGUACUCUUCCGUUUUGUUGCUCUACUUAGUCUGUUGAAGCUAAAAUAGAUGUACUAUCAUCUUGUGGACUAAAGAACAAGGAGUUGUUCUCUUGAAUUAAAUACUCAAGAGUCCAGAUUCAUCAAAUUGGGAAAGCUGUUGAAUUUGUAUAGCAGAAGUUAUCUAUCACAUUGAUAGGAUAUGUACAAAUUUAUCAAUAUUGGAAGGCUGCAAAUUUGUACUCCCUCCGAUCCAAUAAUAAGUAAGGACACUUAUUAUGUAUCAAAGGGAAUAUAAAAGAAGGCUAUCACAUAGAUAGGUCACAUACAGAUUUUUUUCCCCCCUUGACAGGGAUAUGUACAGAUUUGGUAUUACCAUUCUUGCCAAAGUUUGCAAUAAAGCAUGCCUACUUGUACAUGCAAA